UGUUUUAACAUACCACAGAUCCAAAUUUCAAAAAGUCGUCGCGAAAAAACCUACGUUAUGUAUUCAAACGAGAAUGAGCAUGUUGGAAAUAAAUUAUUGGAAGAUCAGAGCAAAUCAGUGCUGGACACCAAUAACCCUGCUGAUGCAAAAACCACACGUAUUACUCGAUCUAUGAACCGACUUCUAUAUGCUGCAGAAGAGAGCUCUCCAAAACGGUUGGCAAAGAAUGACCUCAUAUCUGGAACACCCGAUGAGAAUAAUUCAGACAAAUCCUAUCACCUCAGUUCGUAUGAAUCACCUGACAGCACUUUUAUUCAAACAAAAAGGGGGAAAAUCAAUUACACUUAUGAUUGGUUUAUGGGACAAGGCGUUAAGAAAUCUGUAUUAAGUGAGGAUGCAAAAAAGGACAACUUUGACCUUGAUGCUCAAAAUGUCUCAAGUGGAGUAUCUUCAAUGAUUGAACCCGAAUCAUUAAGCAUUAUUUUUGGGGCUAUCAAAAACGAAUUUGCUCCCUAUUAUUUGUCAGCUUAUGAUGCUCUACAGUGUCAUAAAGUGGCAAAG